CUCCCAGGCUUGCACGCUUUCAGCGGCACUUGUGUCUUCUUUUCUCUCUAGAGUGAGCAUCUGAAUCGUCUGCACUUUUUCUCCAACUCCUGCACUUGCAAUCGCAAAAGAGUAUUUUUGUACAUUUACCCUUCGCGCUCGACAUAAUCAGAAAUGGCCGAUCGCGGAGCCCUCUUGAAGCAAAUUCAAAAGGGCAAAAAGCUAAAGAAGGCUGAAACAAAUGACCGCUCGAAGCCGCAAGUUGGCGCAUCCGGUGGUGGUGGGGGUGGGGGUGGUGGUGGUGGACCGCCAAUGGGCGGUAUGGCCUUGCCACGGCCUCCUAUGCCGCCGCCAUCAGGCGGAGGGCGUAGCUCAGCCGGUGGGGCAGCACCAGCACCACCUCCGCCCUCUGGCCCGCCGGCGGGAAUGCCCGGAUUAGGAGGAUUGUUCGCCGGAGGAAUGCCGACGUUGAAGCACCGUGCUGGAGGCGUGUCUACAGGACGAGGUACGCACCACAAUAUAGCCAAGCAACAUGCCACAGCUGCGAGUAGCUAGCUAUUUUGCACAUAACUAACAGCACAUGUUUUGCUAUCCAUCUAGGCGAUGCAGGAGGCUCAUCGAGCAACGGCAGCGUGCCGGUGUCAGCGCCGCCGCCUCCGCCAGCAACACAAAAA